AUGGCGGUCACCAUGGAUUCCGUAAGGGAAAAAGCCCUUCAAGAUUUUCGAAAAAAGCUCUUGGAACACAAGGAAGUAGAGUCACGUCUUAAAGAAAUGAGAGAACAUCUCAAAGACCUGACUAAGCAAUAUGACAAAUCUGAAAAUGAUUUGAAAGCGUUACAAAGUGUUGGACAAAUUGUUGGAGAGGUACUGAAACAACUUACAGAAGAGAAGUUUAUUGUGAAAGCAACCAAUGGUCCACGUUAUGUUGUUGGAUGUCGGCGUCAGUUGGAUAAAAACAAGUUAAAAUCUGGAACCAGAGUUGCUCUAGAUAUGACAACUCUGACAAUUAUGCGCUACCUACCACGUGAAGUUGAUCCUUUAGUCUAUAACAUGUCUCACGAAGAUCCUGGUGACGUCACGUAUUCCGCGAUUGGUGGUUUAAGUGAACAAAUACGCGAGCUGCGUGAAGUUAUAGAAUUGCCAUUAUUAAAUCCUGAACUCUUCCAAAGAGUCGGUAUCACUCCUCCCAAAGGAUGCCUGUUGUAUGGCCCUCCUGGCACUGGGAAAACGUUACUGGCGAGAGCUGUUGCUAGUCAGUUAGAUGCAAAUUUCCUAAAGGUUGUCUCAAGUGCAAUUGUCGAUAAAUAUAUCGGAGAAUCUGCCAGGUUGAUCAGAGAAAUGUUCAAUUAUGCUCGUGACCAUCAACCAUGUAUUAUAUUCAUGGACGAGAUUGACGCUAUCGGUGGCCGCAGAUUUUCGGAAGGAACCAGUGCUGAUCGAGAAAUCCAGAGAACUCUGAUGGAAUUGUUGAAUCAGAUGGACGGAUUUGAUUCUUUGGGCCAAGUCAAAAUGAUAAUGGCCACAAAUAGACCUGACACUUUAGAUCCUGCGUUAUUACGACCUGGAAGACUGGAUAGAAAAAUUGAAAUACCUUUACCAAAUGAGCAAGCUCGUCUGGAAAUAUUAAAGAUACAUGCCUUGCCGAUAGCUAAACAUGGUGAAAUUGAUUACGAGGCAGUGGUCAAACUUUCUGAUGGAUUCAAUGGGGCUGAUCUAAGAAAUGUAUGCACAGAGGCAGGACUGUUUGCCAUACGAUUAGAAAGAGAAUACGUAAUUCAAGAAGAUUUUAUGAAAGCUGUCAGAAAGGUUUCUGACAACAAGAAGUUGGAAUCUAAGUUAGAUUAUAAGCCUGUGUAAUCUGUAAUUCGCUAUUUUAUAUUUUGAAAGUGACACAUAUAUUAAAUAUAUUGAUUUCUAUAUAGUCCAA